GAAUGCUGCGGCGGGACUCCUGCAAAAAAAGCCGCAUCUUCACUCGCUCCAUUAGCGACAUCCCGCCAGCAGCCGGCGAGGAUUAGCUGCUAAUUGUCGGCCAUCUCCCGCUGAAGAAAGGAGCUAAAUGAAGAUCUCGCUUACUUCCUUGCUGGUUUUCUCCUGCUUCUCGAGUCAAGUGGCCGUGGAAGCGCUCGCGUGUCCUUGCAAGUUGCGGGGAUGUGAUGUGUCGGCACUGCGGGCGGGUAACACGAUCAAGAACCUGCUCCUAAGCACGCUGGAGGCUUUUUGCCCAAUAACACUAAAACCUAGAAAGUGUGUCCAGAAAGAAGAGUGGCAAUAGAAGUUGACAAGACCUCAGAAUAAAAGCGGGACAGGACAGGACAGGACAGGACAGGACAGGACAGGACAGGACAGGACAGGACAGGACAGGACAGAAGCCUCCGAGUGGGCGAGCAAACCGAGUCGGAUAUAGAAAGGAGGGAGCCAUGCAGAGACUUGGUGCAGUCCUACUGCUGCUGCAGCUGCUGACUCAGCUACCAGCUGCACACUCUGCUCUACGCUACCGCGUAGCGGAGGAGGGCCCCCCUGACGUCAAGAUAGGCAACGUGGCCGCAGACCUGGGCCUCACCGCAGGCACGGGAAGCGGCGACGUCACCUUCGCCCUGGAGAGCGGCUCCGAGUUCUUCAAGAUCGACAACGUGACCGGCGAGCUGACGACAGGCCCCAGGCGCAUCGACAGGGAGAAGCUGCCCCAGUGCCAGAUGAUUUUUGACGAAAACGAGUGCUUCUUGGACUUUGAGGUGUCGGUGAUUGGGCCCCUGCAGAGCUGGGUGGAUUUGUUCGAAGGCCGUGUAGUCAUAACUGACAUAAAUGACAACACGCCGUCCUUCCCCUCACCUGUUCUCCAGCUCUCUGUGGAGGAGAAUCGUCCAAUCGGGACUCUUUACCUGCUGCCCACUGCCACAGAUAGAGACUUUGGACGAAAUGGAAUCGACCGAUACGAGCUGAUCCAAGAAGGUGCCGGUGGGUCAACGUCAACCAGACGCACGACAGGAGGUAGAGUAGACGGGCUUGGGGAUAGGAGGGGUAGGAGUGGAGACAAUGGAGGAGGAGCUAGGAGCACCGUGUUUGAACUCCAAGUAGCAGAUAUACCAGAUGGUGAAAAACAACCUCAACUCAUUGUCAAAGGUAUGUUGGACCGCGAACAAAAAGAUUCGUAUGAACUGAUCCUGCGGGUUCGAGAUGGAGGAAACCCCCCACGUUCAUCCCAAGCUCUGCUUCGUGUUUCCAUCACGGAUGUCAACGAUAACAGCCCGCUUUUCGAAAGGUCCACGUAUGAGGCGGAAAUGGCUGAAAACGCGCCCCCGGGCACACCCGUCCUCCAGGUGAGAGCUUCAGACCGUGACAUCGGAGUGAACGGGCAGGUGGAAUACGUCUUUGGCGCGGCCACAGAAUCUGUCCGACGUCUCCUGCGGCUGGAUGAGGCCACGGGAUGGCUGAGCGUCCUUCACAGAAUUGACAGGGAAGAAGUAGCUCAGCUGAGGUUCACCGUCACGGCUCGGGACAGAGGUCAGCCACCGCGCACCGAUCGAACCACAGUCAUUCUGGCGGUCCGUGAUGAAAACGACAACGUCCCGGUUGUAGAGAUUCGGAAGAUCGGACGAAUCCCGGUGCGAGAUGGAGCCGCGUUGGUACCUGAGAACGUUCUGGUGGACACGCCGGUCGCUCUGGUCCAAGUGUCAGACCGAGACCAAGGAGAGAACGGGGCUGUUACUUGUACUGUUGUUGGUGACGUCCCAUUCACCCUGAAGCCAGCUGGGGAAACGGCGCUCCCACCUUUACCAGCAGAUGAAGCCUUUGACAGGAACAAGAAAAAAUUCUUCCUGCAUACCUCGGCAUUGCUGGACUACGAAGUCACUAAAGAAUAUAGCGUCACCAUCGUGGCAGUGGAUUCUGGCAGCCCCAGUCUCUCCAGCAACAGUUCCCUGAUGGUGCGAGUGGUCGACUAUAAUGACCACCCCCCUAUCUUUGCCCAAAGUGUCGUGGACGUCCACUUCGCUGAGAACAACUCCCCCAACGAGAGGGUCGUUACAGUGGUGGCCUCAGAUGCAGAUAGUGGCAAGAACGCAGAGCUAGCUUACUCCCUGGACCCUGCAGCAAAUGGACCAUUUUACAUAGAUCCAGAUAAUGGAGAUAUCCGUGCCUCUGGCGUACUGGACAGAGAGCAAAAAGAGAGGUACGAACUUCAAGUUAUUGCUAAGGACAAAGGCACCCCUCCUCUUCAAGGCUCAGCAAGUGUGGUCAUCCAGGUGACUGACCGUAACGACAACGCACCCAAGUUUGUUCAGGAAGUGUUUACGUUUUACGUGAAAGAGAACCUGCUUGCCAACAGCCCGGUUGGCAUGGUCACCGUGACCGACGCUGACGAAGGUGAGAAUGCGGAGCUCAGCCUCUUUGUAGAGAUGGAUGAUGAGAAGAUUGUGGGAGAAAGUGGUGCAAAAGAUCAAGAGGAGGUGUUCUCCAUUGAGAACAACACAGGCACAAUCUUCUCCUCCUUGUCGUUUGACCGUGAAAAACUGUCCACUUAUACCUUCCGCGUGAGGGCUGUAGAUGGGGGAGAGCCACGUAAAACCGCCACGGCCACCGUAUCGCUGUUUGUGACUGAUGAAAACGACAACGCCCCCGCCAUCACGUCUCCAGCCAAUGAGUCCUACACUCUCCUUCCGCCUGCUAGCAGUGCCCGCACUAUUGUCCGGACCGUGACAGCCAUAGACUCUGACACAGGCCCAAACGCCGACCUUCACUACGCCUUGGUUGGAGGAAAUCCCUUCAGGCUCUUUGAGAUCGGCCACUCAAACGGUGUGAUCACACUGGCAGAGCCGCUGGAGCGGCGCCACAGAGGUCUGCAUCGCCUGGUGGUCCGGGUGAAUGAUAGUGGCUCCCCCUCACUCUGCGCCACUGCCCUGGUCCACGUCUUCAUCAACGAGAGCUUGGUCAACGCCUCCCUCGUGGAAGCACAGGUAAGCCGAAGCCUGCUGGCUCCGCUGUCGCUGGACAUCGCAGGGGACCCAGACAGUGACCGGGCUUUAGGCAAACAGCGCCUCAGCGUCGCCAUAGGUGUGCUGGCUGGAGCCGCAGCCGUCAUCUUGGUCAUCCUCCUUGUGGUCACUGCCAGGCAAUGUGGCACCCAAGGCAAGAAUGGCUACGAGGCCGGCAAAAAGGAGCCAGAGGAAGACUUCUUCAGUCCUUCGGGGGCUCAACCACAGGUGGGCCGUGGCGGCGGAUCCGACCGAGGCCGCAAACCUCGACGGGACAAACGCAAUGGAAGCGGUGGCGGUGUAGCAGCUGCAGGUGCCAAGUCGGACAGGUCCCUAUACAGCGGCAUCGUCACUGUCAACGGACUUCGCCGCCACGGCAACGAGGAAGAGGAGGAGGAUAUAAGCGGUGCAAGCGAGCGCCUGGCAGCACGCUACUGCGCCGUCGACGGUGAUCCCGGCAGCCCGAGGAUGGGUGGCGGCAGAAGACACCAGUCCAGCCCGGAUUUGGCCAGACACUACAAGUCCAGCUCGCCUCUCCCGGCCGUCAACCUCCAGCCUCACUCGCCUCCAGCCGAGGGGAAGAAGCACCAGGCGGUCCAGGAGCUGCCGCCCUCCAACACCUUUGUGGGCAGCGGGGGCUGCGUGGGUAGCACCGCUUCCAGCAGCAGUAGCGGCAACGGCGACGCCAUGUCCUUGGGAUCUGACCAGUGCUCAGAGUAUGGCUGCCAGACUGGGAACAGGUACAACAAACAGGUAAGACACCUCGGAAGUGUGACACUCGUUUGUUUCCACUGUAAACUCUGCAAAAUGUCCCCACUUCUUUCCGACAUGCUCGUUGUCCGCUUCCUCGCCAGCUUCAUUUCUUCCUGUUCAGGCAUCUGCUGCUCACAUCUAAAGAGCGCAGCAUCUCAAGCCGGAAUGUGCGCGCUCAACAUCAUGCAUUAG